ACAACCCCAAAGUACACAGAAAUGGGAGGGUUGAAAAUGUGAUAACAAGGUCAUAAAGGCAUAAUUCUCUCAGGUCUUACAGUCAAAAAAGAAAUUCAUCACCAGCAGGAUCUCAGAUCUCCUGGGAAACUUUUUGGUACAUCUGACUGCUACCUUUGGAGUUUCAGUUCUGCAGGGAAGAGCCUCUUUCAGACCCUGAUUUAAUCUCUAUUUUUGUAACACUAUUACUCCGGGACAAUGCAGAUGAAUUUUGUUGCGGCGUUUUGCCUUCUUGGCACAGUAAUACUUUGCAGAGGACAGACAACAACAUCAAAUUUGACCACUUCAGACCAAACGACCCAAAACACUUCAGUCCAAACGACCCAAAACACUUCAGACCAAACGACCCAAAACACUUCAGUCCAAACGACCCAACCCACUUCAGCAUUACUAUUGGCACUAUUGGCGGAGUGACUGCGCUUGGUGGUGGCAUUUAUGGUCUGCUGAAGUACACCAACAAAAUCUGAGAGCAGCUCUCACCUGGUGAGGACUUGAACAGUCAAACCUUGUAAGAUGCAAAAUAUCUUGUACCCUUGUCUGUGAUCUUUUUGUCCAGUUAAUGCACCUGGAAAGACAAAAGGCCAUGUUGUAUGAAAGGCCAGAUAUGGACAAAUGUUAUCAUUAUAAUUGUACAAUUGUAAGUUGAUCAAAAUGUAAUUCUAUGUAAUAUCUAAUUUGCAAUAAUAUCAAUACUUAGUCAGAUUUUGCAAAAAAUAUGUCUUUGAAUGAAGGUAUAAAUACAACAUUCUUUUCUUACCUUUCAAAGAAUAUAUUUGUAAAACUCAAUUAUGUUUUUCAAUUAUUUUUUAAUCAUUAUCUGAAUCUAAGGACUAUAUUUUUCUAAAAUCAUAUAAUGUGUUAUUAAACAUAUUCAAGAAAAGAGUAGUUAUUAUUAAUUAUUUUCUUGUGACCUACUUUAAUAUCUAAACUCCAAACCCCUAGCUGUAGCUAUCUGAUUAGAAGUCUAGGUUCUGCCAUGAUGUUGAUACAUUUUAUGAGCCUUGUGAUUAUACUGUAAAGUAUGGGUGUUGGGUCAUGGAAAAAAUAUUAAAUGACAAUCUGUAUUUGUGUACCUUGCAUUUAUGGAAUAAGUUUUCCUCUAAGUGUUAGUGCAGUUAAUCUUGACUCAAAAUUUCAAUUUAAAGUCGGUAGAGGAUGAGAAGAAAUGAUAG